CAAACGUAAAUAAAUAUUUAAUUAUAUAAGUAUAUUCUUGCUUCUUUCGGAUUGUGGAAGUAGCACGAAUAGUGGAACUAGCACGGACGCACACCGAAAUGAGAUUUUAUCGUGUGAGAAAAUAGAACUCGCUACUUAUAAAUUCCAACAUGCUAAAAUGGAACUGUGGUGCUAAUGUACGGGGAAUUUCGAUGUUCCCACGAAAAACGCCGGGAUGGCCGCUCUCUGGUAACAGAUAAAUCGCGAUCGUGGCUGCUCUCAAGCUUCUCUCUGUUCAAUGCUUUCAACCUAAUUUUCGCUGAUCAGAUUAGAUGGUUAGGUUAGGUUAGGUGUGUUCAUUCGUUGCUAUGGCAACUACCCAUGCGUUUUAAUAAAUUACACAAGGGUACACGUGUUUAUGUUUUGCAAUUUCUUUUCACAGGUGGUAAAUGAGUUCUUUAAACACAAGGCAGUACACAGCUAUCAUAAUCCUGCAAUAUGUUAUAUUGCUCUUUGAUGUUUGCGUAAAUUCGUUCGCAAGCUUCGCUAGACAGCAUCCGACGGAUCUACUGGUGCUUUAUGUGAUUCAAGACUUUUGCCUUAUUGUGGCCCUUACUCUACUUUUAGUAAACUUCUUUUCUACUUACAUCUUCCAGGCAGGUUUGAUACAGCUGCUAUAUACAAGAUUCCACAUGACAUUAGUAUUAUGUGUUAUAUAUAUGAUAUUAUCAAUUAGUUUACAUACAUGGCAUGUUACUAUACAUUGGUCAGUACCAUUGAAACAUUAUUGGACAAAAGAAUUUUAUAUUCUUUAUUCAGUGCAUCGAACAGUUGCAGUACUAUAUUAUUAUUUCUACAAGAGAGCCUCUUUAAGAAUCGUUGACCCAAGAUUUUACAAAGAUUCUGCUUGGGUACAAAAGCAAUUGAGUAUCUCAUGAUUAUAUGUAAAUAAGAUUCAGUAACACAUAAAGAAUAAUUUUAACUUUGAUAAAAUAUAGAUAUACGGAUAUAUCUGUCUGUGCGCAAAUUUAUCUUUAACUAUUAUCUAUGCAAGAUUUUUAUAUUGGCUGAGUACAACAGAAAAAGCAACUUGCAAUUGUUGUAAAAUUCUUUAAUGAUUGAUUUAUCUUCAAUGAAAAGGCAAGAAUCGUUAUUAAAGAAGUUUAUCGUUGUAAAGCUGCUUUUUCUGCUGAAGGCAACCAUUUGUACAAAUUUAUAUAUUAUAUUUAUAUAUUAUAUGGAUGAAGUGAUGAGGUUGAUAUGUAAUUCAUACAUGAUAUGUAAUUCAUUCUGAAUAUUUUAAUUUCUAAAUUCAUGUAUUAUACAACAUUGUAUAUAGAAUUUAUAUACAUUGUGUAAAAAAUUUCUAUU